ACGCUUCUGAGUGAGGGUGUAUCGACCUCGUUCCAAGGAACCAAAAUCCAUCAUCGCAGCAAAUUAGGCGUAAAAUAGCUAAUGACUUUAAUUUAGGGAAGAUUAGAGUGCAAAAUAUCGUAACGCGAUAUAUUUUUCUAUCCUCAGGGAAAUAAUUUUGAGGGUAAAAGUCAUUUUGCUGAUCCUAAUGUAGUGCAAUCCGAUUUGGUUCCGUUUACUUCUUCGAGUUUCUUUGUUAAAUAAAGUCGCUGAAGGAUUAGAGUUGGUGCAUGUUUAGGCGUGAUCCCGAUGGUCUGUGAGUUUGGGCAUUUAUGUUUAAUGAUGUAUCAUUGAAAACGCGUCGUGUCCUUACAAGUUAGCAUUACUCUUAAGAUAUAUGUCAACAUGAGCUCCAAGAACGUGCCAGCUGAUCAGAUAAACUUGCGGCUUAUCCUCGUGAGCGGCAAGACGAAGGAGUUCCUGUUCAGCCCGAGCGAGAGUGCGGGCGACAUCGCGCAGUACGUGUUCGACAACUGGCCGCACGAAUGGGCCGACGAAGGCGUUAGUAAGGCGGAGAUCCUACGCCUCAUCUACCAGGGGCGCUUCCUGCACGGCAACGUCACACUGGGCGCCCUCGGCCUGCCCACUGGCAAGACCUGCGUCAUGCACCUCGUGCCCAGAGAAAACCUGCCCGAACCCAACUCACAAGACCAGCGACAGAAGAGCAAGAGCGGUACCACGAGCUGCUGCUCAGCGUCCUGCUCUAUACUUUAGUGACUGUGCGAGUCCUAAACCACAUGUCAGGGACUGUAAACCAUCAUUGCUCUGCCUCCUCCUCCCACAACCAAUCACGUUAUUUUACCGUCAUCCGUGGAUCUCCAGCUUGCCUUCCCCUCUCACGUUCUAGCCACGACUUUGUGUUCACAUCUUUCAGUUUGUCAUUCAUUCUCGCGAGUGAAUUUGGCCGCGCAAGAUGAAGUAACACCCUCUUCUUCCUGUGCUAUCCUACCGGUCCUACGAACUCAUUUUAUGUUUGUUCGUUGCCAAUGUUGAUUUAUGCGUCGAGGUCGGGGCAUAUGAACGCGUUAUAUUCUCGUAAUUAUUCAUCUAUUAAUAGGUUCAUCUAAUCAUAAUACGCAUCUAAUAACACGUUAAUCAUGUUAAUGCUUCACUUUUGUCUUCGUUGAAGCAUCUCUACUUCGUGACGUUUUGCCAUCUUCUUGAUAUUGCUACUAGUCUUAACGAUUGUUCUAAAAUUAUUCGGCCUUAGCAGAGCCUACUGCACUAAUGAGGCAUCGGUGUUUUUCUUGCAGUAUUCUUUAUGUAACGUCAACGCUUCUUUCGUGUCUCGCCCUCAGUCUAUCUAGAGCGGCAUGUGUAUGGUCAUUACUGAGCCUUGGGUACAUCUUGUAUUUUCUGAUUUAUUCAUGGCUUCUUUUAAAAUAUUUUCUUCCAUCAUGAGGUGCGCUCACAUAGAUUCUUUCCAAGACUUUUUCUGAGAUGAUCUGAAAUUUUACGAUUUAUUUUCGGCCCACAUUACAGUUGUACGUAUAUUUUUUUUGGUGUCCUAGGCCAAGUACCAUUUUUUUACGCUCAAAUUCAUUACCAAGAUUUGAAACUCCUACUAUUUUUUGUAUUUCUGUGAACCGUGGGGGCAACCGAGAGACUUUUUCUCUUGACCUUUCCAUGUACCGUUUGCCCUCCCCAGUCAGUAUUUGCUCCAAUAGGAUAUUGAAGAUUUUGAACUAGAUCAGGAAAUUAGAAAGGAAAAGAGUCUAAAAAUCACUCGUUUGCCAUUAUGAUGUGAACAUAAUUCAUCACCUUGCGAAGUGUGUUUCCUCGUAGUGUGUAAAAUCCGAAUUCAUAAAUUCUCAGUUUUUCAUGCUUUGCACAUUCCGUGAUCUCGUUUUGUUGCCCACUAUUUCGUCGUGUUUAAAUUUAGCGUCAAGUUAUUUGCAGUUCAUUUCCUCUGACCCGUCUCGUUAUUUUCAGUCAAUUUCGCUCUUCUUUCAAAUUAAUGGUUUGUUUUACGGUUGCAUGAGCGGCUUUGAUGUUUGUCCCUGCAUUUUAGGCUUCCCUCAUACAGUGUUAGUUCUAACCUCUGCUGAACUGUCCCUGGGAAUGACGCGUCUUGCAACGACUCUUGAAAAUAUCCACAUUCACGCAACCAUACCCAUUAACUCGUAUCAAGUGGCCACGUUCGCGCAACCGUUUUCGUCAACUUGUAUCAAGUGGCCAGGCGACUGCAGUCUGACAGAUUCAAUGUCGCACGUGCAGGCGAAAGUGGAACUCGACCUUGAGAAGUGCAAGGUUCAUUAUGCCUGCAAGUAACGUGUGGCAAAGCCAGCGAGAGUUGAGCCUGUGAUCGCCAAAUCGUAAUCGCUCAACCAAUGUGCGUGUUAUGACGUGAGGGGCUGCGACGUGAUGUGUUGACUUGUCAUGUCCCGAGUUUACAUGUCAAUGGAAGAAUUUUUGCAUCCUUCCUUAAUGAGACUUUCUGAAAAAUGUAUUCAAGCGUGUGAGAUAAUAGACGUAUUAAGUGAAGAGUUUCUGAUAAUGUGUGGAAUGUGUAUUGCACAAUGGCUGUGUAAUGCGUGUUCAGGGGUUGUAUGUACCACACAUUUCGUCCUGCUUCUCCUCUCUAUGCUUCUCUAGAUACUACAUGCUGCCCACUCGAUGACAAAUAUUUCACUCAAGUUUUUGCAGGCUUCCAGCACUUAUAUAAUUAUGCAGAACUUGUGUUGUUUUCCGAAAUUUGAUGAGAAGGCCCGCGUGAGAGUUGAUGCUCUGAGACAGUUCCUAUUUAUACGCAAUCAAAUAUUUCUCUGAUUUCAGGCAAAACUUUAAAAUGAUUUGCUUUAUUAGUCUCUUGCAUGGUUACGUGUAGCAGUUGUCCAGAGCCGCUCACUCGCCUGUCUUCAAUAUUCAGCUGACGCUUCCACUCUCUCUUAUCAAGUAUUUCUCAGCCUCAUAUGUGCAGAUUGUGAGUGCCACUGCAUUGAUGCUCCUCUGAAGGACGGCUUAGUCCGAAGUCACUCUUGUGAAUUUCGCCGCGAUUCUUUGGUUGUUCGAACGACUGCGAUCUGUCCAGUGUCCUCGCAUCAAUAUUUCACUGCCGCCACAGAUUGCAAUUAUCUUGAAAGUAUAUCGCUUAUUAUUACGAGGCAGACAUCGCUAUAGGCAAUUCUUUAAAUACAAAUGCGCAUUACUUUUGCAUAUUAGCAAAAGCGGAACAUAUUUCAUCGAUAACGUGAAGUAUGAAGCUAAUCGUUUAGUAACUUUAGUUCAUGCAUCUUCACCUGAUGAAUGUUUUACCUUCUCAUUUUCUGACGGCUGUCCGAUACAAUGCUUUACCCCAAGAAGGCUUCAAUGCACUUAACGUUUGAACUCCACCUCUCCAUCUAUUUCUAUUUAUUUUUCUCUUGUUUUCCUUUGCAACUAGAGAUUAUUGGAGUCGACAAGAUAGUAGCAUCAGUCCUAAUAACAUCAAGCGUAGAUUUAGAAUUAUUUUGUGAUUAUUUCGCGUUUCCCCCUUCAUGAUUGUAAAUGAUGUGCUGGUUUUCACGGAAUUUACCGUCUUUGUAAUUUGCAGCACAAUUACCAGUGAUUGUAGACGGUAUUGUAUUUUCAUUAGUGACGAGUGUAACGUUAUUUUGUAGUUCGAGCAGUUCGUCGAUGGUCUUUGGUUUUUUUUUUUUUUUAAAUUAUUUUGUUGAGAUGUUAGCCAGACGAUGUCGGGCUAAAGAAAAUUUCGUGUUUGAUAUUCAUAGGCUUCGGUGUCGCACUUAUCACUGAUCCAUUAUCAGCCUCUUCUUAUUUCAUUACUCAAUACGACGAGCUCUUUUUUAGUUCCAUUGUGCAAUUAUGUGUACAGAGUCUGUUAAGUUUGCAGUUCUAGCGUAUAUUCAUAGCUAUAUUCAAUCAAGUGCUGAAUCUCAGUAAUAUAUACCAUGUGAUUAAUCGAAACGCUUCACUGAAGGGCUAACGAUGAAGUUUUAGUUCUUUGUCUUUGUGAGUCAAUCUCUAAGUAGUUAUUUUUACUUGGUCUGUGUAACAGUUCGAUUUUGUGUUUCAUUUAAAUUUCACAGUAUCCAUCUAUUUUUGAAUGUAAAAAAAUCGAUAAAACCAACGUGGAUUUGACUGAACAUUAGCAAGUAAGUGGGAGUCGUGCUCCGAAAUCAAUUAUUGAUCAUUAUAGAUAUCGUAACGGUCUUAUUGGGUGAACAUGUGACAUCACUCUCAGCUAUUCUGCGAUAAUGAACGCCGUUUCGGGAUGCUCGGCGUCCUGUACAUCCUGCAUGCCACAUUUGGCCAUUUUACAUUUUUCACUUCAUGCGUGUUAUAUUCUUUGUAAAUAAUAUUGUGUAGGCUGGUAGUCUCUCGUGACCUUGUCCUAACCUCGUUACUCUUUGAUAAUCACUCGUCAGGAGUGCGUGUAGCUCCCGUGCCGUGCCUCAUGUCGCCCUUAAAUUCCUUCAACGACGAGCCUGGGGUUCCUGCCUCUCGUUCAUCAUGUUCCAACACCCUCGCUUAUUCUUAUUCCAAGAAAUAUAAUAAAAAUCAUAUUUUCUGUGUAACAAUCUCCAAAUUACCGCCAAAAUACGUCAUGGCUGAUUUUCAUUGCUUCGAGUUACCACGAGCAAAUCAGGGAACUUGCGUUGUCAGAAAAAGGGUUCUGAUUUGAUCACAACAGAAAUUUAGUUCACGUGUUGACCAACUAAUGCAGUUCUCGACUGAAGCGCGGCUCUUGUGGCACUAUUGACAUGCCAAAUUUUAUUAAUUUAAGCACCAAUAUUUAUUUGAACACAUUUAUGCAUGCUCGUGUUUUAGAUGCGAGCUCUCAAAUCCAUUACGCUUAUGAUUGAUAAACGAUACAAAAAGGCUUCACUAACGCCAUUGGUGGAGUAACGCUGUCACGCCCUCGCUUACAUCGGCUUCGUCAUUAGAGUGGAAGUUAUACGCAUAGUCCGGCAGGAUGUGCGCUUCAUAACAACGCAUCCGUGCGUUACGAUUACCGGAACGAAUUUUUUUCUUGUUCUCUUUAGAUUCGAACAGAUUUCGACUUAUCCCCGCCUUCGAAAUGUAAUUUACUGCUGAGGCUUCAUAACGUUGUUAUAGCUGUUACAAUCGUUGCCUCAGCAACCUUCAUUAUUUCAUCAGUACAGAUAGUCGUCUGCACGAUUUUCUUAAAUAGAAUUAAAUUAUUUAUUGAAAUACAACCACUAUCACUUAGUUGAACUGAUAGACCAAGUCGAUUUCGACUCGCGAGUUGGGAGCGAUGGCAUGGCGCGGGAAAUAUUUUUGGUUGAUUUGCAUUAGUUGUGAUACGGCCGAUGGUCGUCGUCAGUUGAUGGUUAGGUUAGAAUUGAACACUUAGCUUAGCUCUUAAGAUGUGUUGGACGGCGCUUGAGCGGUGUGCGAAUGUUGUUCACUUUAGUCCCUUGUUCUACGCGUGCAUUUGUCGGCCGGAGCCAACGCUGUGCGUCAAUUUACAUGGCAUGAAGGCGACCAAAUAUUAUUGUGUUAAUGGGGAGACUAAAGUUCUGAGAACUCUGCGUGAUAUUUUGUAAGGCAAUUAUUUUGUCAAGAGAUUUGUGAAAUCACGGUGAUAAUUGGGGUAUUCGUUAUUUUUUCAAAAGUAAAUCGUCCAAUUUGUUAUCUCUGUUGAAUGAUAAUUGUGCAAUGCAUUUUGGAACUGGUAUUGAGACAAAAAAAUUUAUCUUAUGCGUCAAAGUUGAUAGAAAAAGUACCCGACUCGAGUGCGUGUAUAGAGGAAAUAUCUAUUUUAUGGUCUUUUAAUAUGUAAAGUUAUCUAUAUGAAGUUGGUGAUGAAAUCGACUCCUCUGUAACAUAUUGUGAAUACCUGAAUAAAUGAAUAAAUAUUGGGCCGCGGCCCUACUACAGGA